AUGGAGCACACCACCAGUGUAGCUAAGGCACCUUCAUCUACCCAGAUCUUUCCCAUCCCAAAAGAGGCAGAGCCCCCUGAACCAGGGGAUUGUAAGGGCAUUCUGGGACCUUCAGAGAGAGUGGGGAUACAAGACUGUAGGUCUGGCUUGGUGACAUGGGUGUGUGCAGGGGGAGGAGCUACUGAGAGGACCCAAUACUCAGCCUCUCCUGGAACUCAAGCAAGCAUUAUCCUCUUGGGCCCUUGGCUCCAUCCCAAAGGCUUGAUUGCCGGAUCCCUGGCUCAGAGUCACAUCAGAACUGGCCGCUACCCGCCAGGCUCACACCCUUCUCCAGAAGGAGGUGGGCCAAAGGCAGGUGGGAGGAAGGAGGGAAGCCCAGCCGUCCUGGAGCCUAGCCCGUACCUCAGAUUCACAACCCCAGACGGGGACUUGACAGCCUGCGGGCAUUGUCCAGGACUUGGAGCUAGAGUGACAGGGGCCCCUUUGGCAGAGACUAGGGUGGCGCUGCGGGCGCAUGCCCCAGACACGCCCUAUGAAAAUCGCUCCAGGGAUCGGUCACCGAACUUAGUCUUGAACACCGCUGGCCAGGUCCGUGCGACAGGUUCUACUUCCCCGCCCGAGUGGGGUCUCGCUGGGCUCCCUCCGUGAUCACCACCUAUGCCUUGGAAUGUUCCAGAGGGUCAAUUUCCUGUGCGGGUGAAUUCGGCGCCCAGCGCCUCUCCUCUGCCUCCUCCCUCCCCGCUGCCCGGACACCCCAGGUCGUUCUGUCCCCGCCACACUCUCAUCGCCCCCGCGCGCCCGGGAGCAUUCUCCCCGCCCCGCGCCGCUGCCCCAGGGCUCCAGGCGCCCCACAGCCAGGGCCCCGCUGCCUGCUUCGCCCCACGAGCCGUGUCCUCCGGAGUCCCCGGGGCCAUGAGUCUCUGCUCUGUCCCCUGCCGCCCCACCGGUGCCGCUGCGGCGCUGGGGCUCGGUAGCCUCUUGAUGCUUCUCGGGCUGGGUCGCGCGUGCCCCGCGGGCUGUGCCUGCACCGACCCCCACACCGUGGACUGCCGUGAUCGCGGGCUGCCCAGCGUGCCCGAUCCCUUCCCCCUGGACGUGCGCAAGCUGCUUGUGGCCGGCAACCGAAUCCAGCAGAUCCCCGAGGACUUCUUUAUCUUCCACGGAGACCUGGUCUAUCUUGAUUUCAGGAACAACUCCCUGCGCUCGCUGGAGGAGGGCACAUUCAGCGGCUCGGCGAAGCUGGCCUUCCUGGACCUGAGCUACAACAACCUCACUCAGCUGGGCGCCGGCGCCUUCCGUUCGGCGGGGCGGCUGGUCAAGCUGAGCCUGGCCAACAACCACCUGGCCGGUGUGCACGAGGCCGCCUUCGAGAGCCUGGAGUCGCUGCAGGUGCUGGAACUCAACGACAAUAACCUGCGCAGCCUCAACGUGGCGGCUCUGGAUGCACUGCCGGCGCUGCGCACUGUGCGCCUGGAUGGGAACCCCUGGCUAUGCGACUGUGACUUCGCCCACCUCUUCUCAUGGAUUCAAGAGAACGCAUCCAAACUGCCCAAAGGCCUCGAUGCCAUCCAGUGCUCACUGCCCAUGGAGGACCGGAGGGUGGCCCUGCGCGAGUUGUCCGAAGCCAGUUUUAGCGAGUGUAAGUUCAGCCUGUCCCUCACAGAUCUGGUCAUCAUCAUCUUCUCGGGGGUGGCCGUGUCCAUCGCUGCCAUCAUCUCCAGCUUCUUCCUGGCCACCGUGGUGCAGUGUUUCCAGAGGUGCGCCCCUAACAAGGACACGGAUGAUGAGGAUGACGACGAGGAUGACUGA